AUGACGCCCUUCGUGUCCCUUGAGGACUUCAAGUACAGCAAGCAGGCCCCUGGACUCCUCAUGAGGUUCCACCCACAACUGCCGAGCCGAUUGGUGAUCAUCCCUAGGGAUGGUGGUGGCCCGGUCCGCGAAUGUGAUAUACAAGCUUGCCAUAUAUUCCACUUUGCACAUUGUGAUGAGAGGAGGGAAGGAGGAGAGGUCGUUAUUGAGGUAUCGGCUCUGUGCUUGCCAGAAGAGUUCACUAUGGAGUUCAAGGACAAGUUAUUCCUUUCUAAUUCCAACGAUGCCCCGGGUCAAAUGUACAACUUCUCGUUGAGGUUCUCUCCCGGUGAGAAUUCAAUAGCCGUCGAGACCAGCAGACUGGGCGGGAGGGCCUGUGGGGAGUUCCCGACUGUGCAUCCACUGAGUCAUGUAGCCCCAGCAUCGAAUCGGUAUAUCUACUUAAUGGGUAACACUAGCAAGAGGAUUCCAUUUACUUCUAUUAUCAAGAUGGAUAGGCAAAAGCCUGAAAGUCCGAUAGGCAUUUGGAUAAGCCCUUCGGGGUGUACAGUUGGCGAACCGGUCUUCUGUCCAAGAAUCGGAACGAAAGGUAUAGUGCCGCGUAGUCCAGCGGAAGAAGAUGAUGGAUAUCUUGUUGUACAGGUUUAUGACUCGGCAAAGCACUCCACUUACUUCGUCCUACUGGAUGCGAGGCAUGUCUCUGAAGGGCCCGUCUGUGAGUUACAUACCAAUACCUUCAUCACCAAUGGGUUCCAUGGAACAUGGUCUGAUGAGCUGAUAGGCUUGGGAGAGUCUACAA